UUAAAAAGACUUGUCAGAAGCGCAGAGGUUCCAGUAUAAUACAUUAAUAUCAGCAAUCACUGUUCUCUGGAAUCAGGAGAGAGACAAACCCUCACCAGGACAGCACAGACUCUGGGGGAGGGACUGAAAAACCAGGAGUCUGACUUGAUAUUUUACAGAAACAGAAAGGGACUCCAGUAUUUAACAAAAGAGCGACCCCCAUCAAAGGGAGGAGCAGUUCAAACUAGUGAUUAACGAUUUCACUAAAAUGAAACGUCUGCUUCAACCAAGAAAGACAGAUGCGGUCAUCCUGAGAGGCCACGAGGAGGGGCGAAUAAGACCUAGUAAACCUGAUGGACUGAGUACAAUAGAAUUAGAGAGGAGAGUUAAGCUCCCUCAGGAUUUAAUAACCUUUAUUAGAUCCAGCAAUGCCAUUUGUAAAUACCAGAGACUCUUUCAGCAGCGCUUCAGCGCUCCUGUAUUCAUAGAGGUUGGGUUGGACUUGACCCUGUUUAGUAUGUACUCUCAUGACCUGGAUGAGGCUCAGGCAGCAGUGGUGGAGGAUCUCAGUGUGGAGAUUGAGAAGCUCCAAGGUGCUGUCGCUGUAUCUCCAGAUACAGACAGAAUAAAAGAAACCCUCAUAAUCGCAAAGAAAGAUUUAAACCGUUAUGAGCUUAUGGUGAACUUCAGUUUCAUCCCCGUGCAAGGUGCAACCCCAGUGGCCAAAGUACGCCUGGUGGGCUACACUGAAUAUGUGAAGAAGCUCAGAGAUGUUCUUCAGGAUUACCUGUUGAAUCAGGUUACUACUAAAGAAGUUAUGAGCCUGCAACAUCCUGAAAUGGUUGAUUGCUUUGACAAAAUCCUAGAACUUCUUAGGAUUAAGCAAACAAAAGUUACUUUGAAAGCUUCCCUUCUUCCAAACCCGUGUGUAGCUAUCACUGGUCCACGUUGCCAUGUUCAGGAGGCCCACAAGGCUCUUAGGUCUGGUCUAGCCAGUCUGACACUAGAAAAGUUGAUUUUAGAUGGUCCUGGAGCUCUGAGCUACUUCCAGGCAGAUGGUAAAAUGAGCAAGGAGCUGGUUGAGAGCUCCUGUCAGGUUCUUAUCAAGGAACGACAAGUGUCAGUUCCAAGACGUCUUUAUUCAGCCGUAAGCCUCCUUCUUACCACUACCACCAGUCACAAGUCCUCCUUCCUGUUUGUGGGUCUCCAAAGAAAAAAUGUUGAUGAGGCCAUAACAAAGAUUAGGGAUCUGUACCAAGCUCACAGCUCCACAAAGACCUUCACUCAUCACGAUCUGGCAGACCUCACACAGGACGACAGGAAGAGUUUAAUGAACCUAGUUGAAACUCAGGGUCUGUAUGUACAGGAAGAUCCCUACAGCCAGGGUGGAUUGACGGUGAGCGGGUUGAAAGCUGGAGUCAACCAGGUGGAGCAGAUGCUCCGAACAGUCACACCUCUUAGGAGAGAAAUGAGAGUCAAAGACGAGGAAACUCUGUACCCUAAUGUAGCUUGGUGUAUCCUGGGACAAAACGACAGCUGGGAGAGGGUCCCAAAAGCAGCCAAUUAUAAUCUGGAAAAUCAAAAUAUCACAAAAGGCAUAGUGGAUGCACAGGGGCUUACAUGGAGUGUGAAUCUACUACAGAUGGAAGCCAAAAGAAAUUUAAGUAGACAGACUGCCAAGCUGAAACGGCUUGAGAAUUUGCCAGACUUUACUUUUCCACUGUACUGGGACAAUAUGUCUAAGAAUGAAGAUCUGAAAGAAGUGCUACUGGACCCUUCCUCUGCCGAGUACAGAACCGUCCAGCAGAAGUUCAUCAGUACUGCCCAGAACAAAAUCAUUGUGAAGAUUGAACGCUUGCAGAAUGUUCACCUGCGGCGUGCAUAUGAAAUAGAGAAGAAACACAUCUCUGAAAAGAACAAAAAAGAUGGUGGAGCAGGUGAAAGUCUUCUGUACCACGGGACAAGCCAGGAAAACCUCGACUCCAUCAAAACCAAAGGGUUCAACAGGAGCUUUUCUGGGAAACAUGCGACUCUCUAUGGUCACGGAACCUACUUUGCUGUAAAUGCCAGCUACUCAGUGAGCUACUCAAAUCCAGCAGCAGAUGGUACCCAAACCAUGUUCGUGGCCCGAGUCCUGACGGGCCGUUACACUCCUGGCCGCAGCGACAUGAGGGUACCUCCGCCUCGCAACAGCCAGCAGCCCUAUGACCGCUAUGACAGCUUGGUGGAUCGAAUGGACAACCCCGCCAUAUUUAUUGUGUUCCAUGAUAGCCAGGCUUACCCAGACUACCUCAUUACCUUUCAUUAAGUAAAUGUGCUCAGGGUGUUGAACAUUUGGCUAAUUGACCAAUUCCUGGCUUCACAGUCUUGGACAUUCCUAUGUUUUUACCCACCUUGGAGAGGUACCUUACAUGCUUUGAAAAAUGAAGAUUUAAAGUAGUUAGGCCCGAGCAACGAAGGCAGUGCCAAGGCCAGAGAUCAUCCUGGUGAUGAACAUUUUUAACAGAGAUUAAAGGCCUUAUCUGAGGUUAUUGUGGCUUAGUGGGAAGAGUAGUAGUCUUGCAAUGUUGAAGUUGUGGGUUAAAUUACAGCUUCCUUUUGCAACAUGUCAAUGUGCAAUUGGGCACGCAUGUAACCUUAAGUUGAUUCCCGGUCAGUGAAUAGUUUUAUGAAUGUGUGUGAAAUUGGGUGAAUGUGGAUCUAGUGUAAAGUGCUCUGAAUAGUCGGUAUGACUGAAAAGGCGCUACAUAAGUUCAGUCCAUUUUCCAUUUAAAAGGAUGCUAAUGCUUUGGUCUGGGCAUAUGAGGGAACGAAAUAGCCACCAAACCAGGAAGACUGAACUGACUUAGCAGCUGAGUUUGCAGUCGUCUCCUAGUGAUUAGUAUGUUGUCAUUAGUUGUAAUUGUGAUUAUUAUGUGAGAUGAGGGUGUUUUAGGUGCUUAGCAAACACAUUUGUUUUCUGUGGUAUCUUUAUGUUCUGAGCCUUCAUUAAUAUUUUAUUUAAGAAAUUUUCAAUUGACGGAGGCUAAUGUAAAAAAAAAAAAACUGCUUCUUGUCUAUUGGAACAGGGCUGGUAAUCCUGAACUCUGUCCUUUAUGACUGCAAAUCUAGUAGGAAAUGGCCUGAGAUGAUAGUUGUCUUUCAUCUUUUAUUUCAAUAAGACUACAUAAAACGAUUAUAAAACAGUUUAUUUGAUAACUUAGUCAUCCCCCAGGGCAGUUAAGAGCACAGCACAGCUUUUUCUUUCUAAUCAGCUCAGUGACAACUCACCCUUUGUUCCUUCCUAUUUAAAAUUCAAUCAGAGAACAACAGAACUGGUUGCUUACAUCCGGAAGUAUACUUGCAGCAUGUUCGCCAGUGUAACAUAGAUCUCUUUCCCAUCUUUGAGCUAAAACCAGAAUUGAGUCUGGAAGCUGCUUUGACAUCAGGAGAUGUAACAGAUACUGACAUGUUUGUAUGUAUUAUAACUUUCUUUAAUGUUUGGCAGUGCAACAUUUUGAGAUUUUUAGAACUAAUUAAAUAAACAACUAAACAAAA